AUGUCUUCCAGCAAAAGGAACCGCUCCCUAGGGGAGGAAGAAGGAUCUUGCAUGAGCCGCGGCGGCGGCCAAGACGACAGCCCCGACAAUGCCAACGAUGGCGGCAAUGGAGGAGGAGACGGCGCAGACGAUCAGUCAAGCUCGGAUGAGCAGGGUUCCGAUAAUGGUUCCGACUCGGCUGCAGAGUAUGAGACUCGUCCUUGA